AUGGCCAUGGACGGUAUCGAACUACGAAGAAUUACACGCCACAAUACACAGCAUUCUGUGUCCUCAGAUGCCGAAAACAUCUUCCCACCACAUAUCAACAGUACCGAUGCGCUCGACGACAUACCUCCAAACGGCGGAUAUGGCUGGGUAUGCACAUUCUGCGCAUUUAUGAUAACAGUGCACACCUGGGGCGUGAAUGGAGCCUGGGGAGUGAUUCUAAACCACUUCCUUCUACAAUCCACAUUUCCCGGCGCAACUCAUCUGGACUAUGCAUUCAUCGGUGGUCUAUCGAUUUCAACCUGCUUGAUAAUCGGUCCUUUGGUGACAAAAACAUACAAGUCCAUCGGAACUACCUUCACACAGCUCCUUGGCACAGGACUCGUUUUCGCCGCCCUUUUCGGGGCAUCAUAUGCUACCAAGGUGUGGCACCUCUUCCUGUCACAGGGCGUCUGUUUCGGUAUCGGGAUGGGCUUCUUAUAUCUCACCAGCAUGGCAGUCCUACCACCCUGGUUCUCAACAAAGCGAAGCCUCGCCAUUGGCAUUGCUGCCUCUGGCUCCGGGGUCGGCGGCCUCAUCUACAACCUGGGAGUUGGACGGGCCAUCGAAACCCUGGGUGUAGGAACAACCUACCGAGUUCUGGCAUUCUGCACCUUGGGUGCUAAUACGAUCUCCUCAAUUCUAAUGAAAGAACGGAAAGAAGCCCGCUCGGCUAUGCCGCAGCGAACUGUCAAUUACCGUGAGCUAAGCCACUUCGAAGUCUUCCUCUUGAUUCUUUGGGGUGUUGCUACUGAGUUUGGAUACAUUGCUCUUUGGUACUCGCUGCCAAACUAUGCUUCCUCCAUUGGACUCAAUCCACAGCAAGGCUCCGUCGCGGGCGCUAUCAUGAAUCUGGGUCUUGUCAUUGGCCGGCCGAUUGUCGGACAUGCCAGUGAUACAUUUGGCCGCAUCACCAUCUCGAUGAUGAUGACUGCGCUGUGUGGGUUGCUUUGCUUUGCCAUUUGGAUUCCGGCGCAUUCUUACGCUUUGUUGCUCGUCUUUGCGGUUUUGGUCGGCACUGUCUGUGGCACGUUCUGGGGUACUAUCACCCCUGUCAUGGCUGAAGUGGUUGGGUUGAAUCGAUUGCCUUCCACUUUUACUUUGAUCUGUCUUGCUCUGGUGAUUCCUACUACUGUUGCUGAGCCGGUCGCUCUGAGUCUGGUUGCUACCUCGGGGUACUUGAGCACCCAGGUGUAUGUAGCGUGCAUGUUUAUGCUUGGAUCGUUGAGUCUGUGGGUACUGCGUUCUUGGAAGAUCUACGAGCUUGAGAUGAAAGCAUCGAGGGAGCGAAAAGGUGAUGCUGUUUCUAGUCAGGCCUUGGCUGCGGUUCCUAGUUACUUUGCCUGGGUUCGACCCCGUAAGCUUUUCCUUUACGGACGCGUUUAA